AUCCCCACAGGUUGAGCGACCAUAUCUAUACAUCUAUCAUCUACUGCAAGACGUCUCUGCAACGCUUUUCCAUACCGGCCGGUAAACACUGUCAGCUGCGAACCCAGCGCCACUGCGACGACUGAUUGAAGUUUUGGGGUGAGAAUCAGAAUGGACACUCACAAUGUUAGCAAUGGUAGAACCCAAGCGUUGAUGAUUUCAGCAGAUGAGGCUCUCCAAACAAUACUGAGCGUGGCUCAGCGUCUGCAAUCUGUCAAUGUUCCACUAUAUGAUGCUCUUGGCAAGGUCUUGGCUGAGGAUAUUCAUGCUCCUGACCCUUUGCCCCCAUACCGAGCUUCUGUUAAGGAUGGUUAUGCUGUAAUUGCUUCAGAUGGGCCCGGUGAAUAUCCUGUUAUUGCUGAAGCAAGAGCUGGGAACGAUGGAGUUGGAGUGACUUUGACUUCUGGAGCAGUUGCAUAUGUAACAACUGGAGGUCCAAUACCUGAUGGUGCUGAUGCAGUUGUUCAAGUUGAGGACACCGAGGGAAUUGAAAACACCUUAGGUGAAUCAAAGCGAGUCAAAAUAUUGGUACAAACUAGCAAAGGUGUUGAUAUUCGUCCAGUGGGAUGUGACAUUGAGAAAGAUGCUGUAGUAUUAAAGUCUGGAGAAAGAGUUGGUGCUGCAGAAAUUGGCUUACUUGCUACCAUGGGUGUGAUGAUGGUGAAGGUAUAUCCUACGCCAAAGAUUGGCGUGCUUUCUACAGGUGAUGAACUAUCAGAGCCAACUACCAAGCUUCUAGGCCGUGGCCAGAUUAGGGACUCUAACCGUGCUAUGAUACUAGCAGCAGCUGCACAGCAGGAGUGCAAAGUUGUUGACCUUGGUAUUGCUAGAGAUGAUGAAGAAGAACUUGAGAGGAUCUUGGAUACUGCUUUAUAUUCUGGGAUUAAUAUUCUUUUGACUUCUGGAGGGGUUUCGAUGGGAGAUAAGGAUUUUGUCAAGCCAUUGCUUGCAAGCAGAGGGGCGGUGUAUUUUAGCAAGGUUUUUAUGAAACCGGGAAAGCCUUUGACAUUUGCCGUGAUCAAUUUAAAAUCAGUUGAAAGUACAAGGCAGAACAAAAUUCUUGCAUUUGGAUUGCCAGGAAAUCCAGUGAGCUGUUUAGUCACUUUCCAUCUUUUUGUGGUCCCGACCAUUCGUCAUCUUGCUGGAUGGGCAAACCCACAUCUUUUCAGAGUGCAGGCUCGUCUUCACCAUCCCAUAAAAACAGAUCCCGUUCGACCAGAAUUCCAUCAUGCCAUUAUUAGGUGGGAGGCCAAUGAUGGGUCAGGCAAUCCUGGUUUUGUAGCAGAGAGCACUGGUCAUCAGCAGAGCAGCAGACUAUUAAAUAUGAAGUCAGCCAAUGCUUUGUUGGAAUUGCCGGCAACAGGCAGUGUCAUAUCUACUGGGACUGCUGUUUCAGCCAUCAUCAUUUCUGACUUAAGCAGUACUGCCAUUUUCAGUAGUUCACUAUUGUCAGAUUCGACUUUGGCUUUCAAGGGAAGUGCAUCGAAAGAAAUAACUGCAGAUGACUCUCAGGGUGCUGAGAUCAGAGUAGCUGUUCUUACAGUGAGUGAUACUGUUGCAUUAGGUGCUGGGCCUGAUCGAAGUGGUCCCAGGGCAGUUUCUGUUGUAAAUUCUUCGUCAGAAAGGUUAGGAGGAGCAAGGGUAGUCGCAACGGCUGUAGUCCCAGAUGAUGUGAGCAAAAUUAAGGAUGUUCUAUUGAGAUGGAGUGACAUCGACAAAAUGGAUCUGAUUCUUACCCUUGGUGGCACUGGCUUCACCCCAAGAGAUGUAACCCCUGAAGCAACAAAAGGGUUGCUGGAGAAAGAGACACCUGGUCUUCUGCAUGUAAUGAUGCAAGAGAGCUUAAAGGUGACACCAUUUGGUAUGCUUUCACGCUCUGCAGCUGGAAUACGGCGUUCAUCAUUGAUCAUUAACAUGCCUGGGAACCCAAAUGCUGUUGCUGAAUGCAUGGCGGCUUUGUUGCCUGCCCUUAAGCACGCUUUAAAGCAGAUAAAGGGGGACAAGAGAGAGAAGCAUCCCAGUCAUGUCCCUCAUGCACAAGCUGCACCUGUUGAUUUGUGGGAGACCAGUUAUAAGUUGGCCUCUGGAGGAGGCAAAGAACAUGAUUGUUCUUGUUGAAAUUGUAAUUUGUAAGUAUUGUGAAGGAGCAGAAAGCACCUGGUGGUGCUGGUCUGUGAAACACGGAAUAAUAAGAAAUGACCUACCUACAAAAUCCGAGUCAUU